CUCUGUCUUUCUCUUGUGAUAUUAUUCCUAUAUACAAACAAAUCACUACAUUUGUUUCUUAUACUACUGCUGCUACCACCACCAGUUCUUUUGUUGUUGUUAUUGUUUGUUGUUUAUUAGUAUUGUUUAUUGCUGCUGCUGCUGCUGGUGCUGCUGAUGUUGUUGAGAAUGAGAAAGGAGGAAGAGGAGGUGAAGCAGGUGGAGGAAGAGGAAGAGGAGAAGGUGAGGGUAUUGGUGGUGGAUGAUUCACCACUGGACAGGAGGAUUGUGGAAAUGAUGCUUAACAGAUGUGGAGGAUUCUUUGAAGUGAUUGCUGUCGAAAGUGGAGUAAAAGCUAUUGAAGUUCUCGGAUUAAAUGAAGGAAAAGCUGACUGCCCCAUUGUUAACCAGGUGCAGAAGAUUGACAUAAUUCUUACUGAUUAUUGUAUGCCUGGAAUGACUGGGUAUGAUCUCCUCAAAGCAGUCAAGGAGAACAACCACCCGGGCUCGAUUCCUGUAGUGAUCAUGUCUUCUGAAAAUGACCCUCAAAGAAUCAAGAGUUGUCAAGCAGUAGGAGCAGAGGACUUUUUCUUAAAGCCACUCAAAGUUCAAGACAUGCAAAGCUUGAAAAGUUAUGCAAAACCAACAGGAUCGUCUCCGAUAACAGGUACCAAAAGAAAGGUGACACUUGACUUAAUUGCGGAAGCCGAUAGUUCUGGGAGGCGGCCUCGACUUGCCGGAGUUGCAGUUGCAUGAACAACUUCUCAUUUUAAAGGCAUAUCAUAUCAAGCUGAAAACUGCAUUGUUGACAAAGUUUUACUAAAUUCCAGUUCCCUAGUUUCUGAAUUUUAAGGUAUGAUGUUCAAUGGUGGCUUAACAAGGCUCUAAUUCACUCUUUCUCAUGUUAUCAAUCAGUAUUAUAGUGUUAUUAUGUUGCUGUUGAUUUUGAUAAUUGAAAAAAAUGAUGCUAGUUAGUACUUACUAGAUCAAGGCUCAAGAGUUCUAUUUUUCUUUAUUUUUGUUUCUAUUCCUUUUUUUUUAAGUUGUUUUUAAACUAUAAUGUUUGCAGCGUUUGCUACUAAUAAUCUUAUUUUUGUGGAAUUUUACUAA